AUGUUCCCCCCGGCUGGAUUGCUCGCUUCUGGUCAUUUUGUCCUCGUUUCUGAUCAUCUUGGUGCUCCCGCCGACUUUUUGCUACAUCGGUUCCUUAGUACGCACCUGCGAGAAUCGCGAAACUGCAAAUGCGUGAUCCUAUCGGUAUCAGAGGACAUUUCUAGAUGGAAGGCUACAUCUUCAAAAGCAAACCUGAAUUUUCCUCAGCUCAUAGCAUCCGGGAUCAUCAGCUUCAUAGACAUUGCAGCUAUCUUCGGGGACCUUAGUGGUGACAUUGACAGUUCAAAUGCUGUGCGAUUGCGGCCCAUAUAUGACUUGCUUUACCCAGUUGUUCAUCCGUCAGAUGGAGAACAGUCAGAAGUACUAGUCAUCCUCGACGACAUCGCGACCCUUGAAUGGAUUGGGGUGUCUCCUAUUGAACUAAUACGGUUCUCCCGUGCUUUGCGAGCCCUUUGUCUAAAGGCGAAUGCAACUUUAGUCGUACGGCACCACAUACUGAACCUCUCUGAACCUAAUACUGUAUUUGCACAUAUGCUUCAGACGUGCACAUAUCAUGCUGAAGUGAGACCGUUAUCGAGUGGACGCAGUGGAGCUGUCAGUGGAGAGGUCGCAUUUCAUCCUGGAGUAGCUACAAGCAAAUCAAAGCUUUUGCCUGUCCCACGCAGUAAUGCCAUUCAGUAUCGUCUGACAGAUUAUGGGACUAUUUACUUUGAAAAAGGCACGGCCGGGGGAAUCUUGUAG